GGAGAGGAGGAGGAGGGGAAAAAAAAGAAAAGCCGGAGCGAGGCAGAGCGACGUUGCUCACGCGGCGUUAUGCCGGCUCCGCCCUUUUUUUUCGCGCCUGCGCUCUCUGUGCCAGGUGGGCGUUUGGAAGUGCGAGCCCGGCGGCGGCCGAGAAUGGCUGAAAGAAUGGAAGGAAACGACGACGCCGUGGGCUCAGGGGAUACAAAAUGUGCCGCCCUGGAAUCCGUGGUCCAAACCGAAGAAACCAAUACGGGGAAUACGUCCGAUGCUUCCAGCAUGUACAGGUAUAUUAAAGAGGACUUGUUCACCUCAGAAAUCUAUAAGGUAGAACUUCAGAAUCUCCCCAAAUAUAUUGGCUUUAGCGAAGUCAAGAAGUUCCUUGCCCGAUACGGACUCAACCCGCAUAAGAUAAAGCUGAUGGGGAAGCAGACCUUCGCUUUUGUCACUUUUAAGAGUGAGGAAGAACGGGACAAAGCGAUGAAAGUUCUCCACGGGGUCCGGUGGAAGAACCGGAACCUGGGUGUCCGCUUGGCCAAACCAAAGGCGGAUCCCAUUUUGAAGAAGAGGAGGAGAGAGGAAGGCGCCGAAGAGGUGUCGGCCAAGCGCCCUGCUUCGUCAAAAGAUGGCGAAGAGGAGUCUCUGAGCAAACAGAUCGCAGACGUGGUGACUCCUUUGUGGACGAUCCCUUAUGAAGACCAGCUGGUGAAGAAGAAGCAACAGUGUCAAGAAGUGCUGGCGAAACUGACCAGGGAAGUGGGAAACAACAACCGAGCGCUGCUCCCGUGGUUGUUCCUGCAAAAAGAGAAGCACGAUGGGCUAUGUUGCUCCUUGGAGGGAGUGAAGCCAUCACCCUUACAGACCGAGUAUCGCAACAAAUGUGAAUUUUUGAUUGGCUCGGGCCCAAAUCAAGAAGACAAAACGGUCGGCUUCCGCCUGGGCAAAUACAAGGGGGGUUCCUGUGCGGUGGUGGACCCCUUCGACACCAUCCACGUUCCCGCGGCGGCCAAAAAGGUGGUGAGGGCUUUCCAGGACUACAUCCGGUCAACCUCUUAUGGUGUUUAUAGCCCAGAAACCUACGAAGGUCACUGGAAACAGCUAACAGUUCGUACUAGCUUGGAUGGCCAAGUCAUGGCAAUUGCCUAUUUUAACCCACAGAAAUUGAGCCAAGAAGAACGGGCUACAUUGCAAAGCUCUAUGGCUACGUACUUCACAGAAGGUCCCGGGAAAGACAGCGGAAUAACGUCUUUAUAUUUUGUGGAAGAAGGUCAGAGAAAAUCACCGAAUCGGGAAGAUUUAAUUUUGAACAACAUCGCCGGGGAUAAGUACAUACAGGAAAACCUGCUGGGGUUAAAAUUCCGGAUUUCACCCCAUGCUUUUUUCCAGGUAAACACUAAGGCAGCCGAAGUUCUGUACUCAACCAUUCAGAACUGGGUCGAGAUUAACCAGGAUACGACAGUGCUGGAUGUUUGCUGUGGAACUGGAUCAAUUGGCAUCUCUCUUGCACAGAAAGUGAAGAAAGUUAUCGGAGUGGAACUGUGCGAAGAAGCGGUUGAAGAUGCCAAAGCAAACGCUCAGCUGAACGGGUUGAUGAAUGUCGAAUUGCACUGUGGAAAAGCCGAAGAGCUUGUUCCUCACCUCGUGAACACAUUAGCCCUGCAUAACACAAUUACAAUUGUGGAUCCUCCCCGAGCAGGUCUACAUUCCAAAGUCAUCCUCGCCAUCCGAAAAGCCGAACACUUGAAGAAGCUCCUUUACGUCUCCUGCAACCCACGAGCUGCGAUGAACAACUUUGUGGACCUUUGCCGAGCACCUUCUCACCGUGUGAAGGGUAGCCCUUUCCGGAUCAUCAAAGCAGCCGCGGUGGAUCUUUUCCCCCACACGAUGCAUUGCGAGAUGCUUUUCUUCUUUGAAAGAAUUGAGUAUCCAAACAGCAAGGCAAGCAGUGGCCCUGCGGGCUCUGUGGAGAUUCCAGAUGUGGCGCCGGCAGACAUCCCGGAUGUGAAAUCCCAAGAGGCAACUUCCCUCAAGGCAGACACCGCAGACUCCCUCCCCAAAACAGCGACGGAGUGUCCCAGUUAGCAAUUCCCAGUUAGCCCAGCACAGAAGGGACUCGUGUUUUACUUCCUGGUCUUAAGAAAAGGGUCUGCUGCUUUCCCCCUCCCCUUCUCUUUGUUGCCCGGCCAGCUGCUGUUUAAGAUUUGCAAAAGAACCAAGUUGAAGUAUGUCAAGAGAUUAAGGGGACCCUUAGAAGCAAAGGCCUAAAGAAAAUACAAUUUUAGACUGCGUCCUUUUCUCACAAUGGCGUAUUUUUGAAAUCAUGGAACAAACAGGACCAAAUUAAAGCCAUUGGUUGUA